CGCGCUCAAACUGUCGCGAGAUCUCGUCGACUUCCUCUUUUACGCGGAACAAACUUCCAAGAUGUCUCUGGUCAUCCCUGAGAAGUUCCAGCACAUUCUGCGUGUCCUGAACACCAAUAUCGAUGGAAGGAGGAAGAUCGCCUUCGCCAUCACCGCCAUCAAGGGUGUGGGCAGACGCUACGCCCACGUGGUCCUGAGGAAGGCGGACAUCGACCUCAGCAAGCGGGCCGGAGAGCUGACCGAGGAGGAGGUGGAGCGCGUGGUGACCAUCAUGCAGAAUCCUCGCCAGUACAAAAUCCCAGACUGGUUCCUGAACAGGCAGAAGGACAUCAAGGAUGGUAAAUUCAGUCAGGUGCUGGCUAACGGCCUGGACAACAAACUGAGAGAAGACCUGGAGAGGCUGAAGAAGAUCCGCGCCCAUCGCGGUCUGCGACACUUCUGGGGCCUGCGAGUACGCGGUCAGCACACCAAGACCACCGGGCGCCGUGGUCGCACUGUGGGUGUGUCAAAGAAGAAGUAAACUCCCAGCAUUGUUUCAAUAAACCACCUCUUUUGUUGCA